AAAAAAGGGAGGGGUUGAAGAGAGGGAGGGAGAGAAAAAGGAAGCUGCCUGCGUUAACUUUUUUGUUCCUUGAAAGUAAAACAAACUUUCGAAAAGCGAAAGCAUGAUAAGAGGCCAGGCACAGAUCGACUGCCUGGGAACGGGAGGGAUUUGAGAAGUUUAGAAGAGGCAUUUAACAGCUGACACUGGAUUCAUGCAGAUCUGAUGACAUCAACAUCAAAUAUUAUCACUGUUUGAGGCCUUGGGCCUUGUGCAAUAACAAAGAGGACAAAGCAGAACAAACAACCAUCAUGACGACAGAUCUGGACUCCAGUUUGACCAGCAUAGACUGGCUGCCCCAGCUGGGAGUCAGCAGCCUGCGAUCCGGAAGGGACAGAGGAGCGGAGAGGGACAAGAAGAGAGAGCGAGGGAGGGAGAGAGGAGACCUACUGCCCCCCGUGCCCUCCCCAUCACCCUGUAACUCCAAGGGGAAGCCCCCCCACAGCUACGCCACUCUAAUCGCCAUGGCGAUCGCAUCUGCCCCUGAGAAGAAGUUGAGUUUGAAUGACAUCUACACCUGGAUCAGUGACACGUUCCCCUACUACAAUCGAGCAGGCCGGGGCUGGAAGAACUCCAUUCGGCAUAAUCUGUCUCUUAAUAAAUGCUUCAGAAAAGUUCCCAGACCACAGAGUGACCCUGGCAAGGGUUCCUAUUGGACGAUGGAUGGACCCUCAGAGGUCCAUCAAGCAAGGGUACCCAAACGUCCAUAUCCAGAAGAGAAUGAAAAGGUCCUGCAUGAACCUGUGACGCAGGCAGACAAGACCACCUCACCCACAGAGCUGCUGGUCUCCAGAUCAGACCAGCUUCCCCUCAAAGAGGAGCCCUUGGGUGCAUUGCACCACACGCCGACCCACCAAGCAUCUCUCUCCCCUCCCCCAUGCAAGAGAUCCUAUACACCUUGCUCAGUCACCAUCCCCACGGUCCACAACGCCUCCGUCUCAUGCACAGCCACGUCCUACUCCCCCUCCCCCUUGUCCACGCUCUCUCCCUACCCUCAUCCCAACUCCGCGGGCCCCUGUCUCCCCGUCGCCACGUCGCCAGCCAUGUCCCUCUCGGGGGCCAACGCGUGCGGGUCUCCCCCCGCGUGUACGUACUCCCACGCGGUAUCCACGCUCUCCUCACACGCUACCCAGGCGAACCCAUCUCUGUUCACCUUCUCCGUCCCCACCCUGGCCACUUCAUCGGCCCCCCAUUAUCAGUCCGUCCCCCACAUCUCUGUCAGCGUGCCCCCCACCUCCUCCGCUGCGCCUCACCAGAACCCCGGCACCGAUCCCCUUCUGCGCUUCACCUUUGACGACCUGAGCUUCCCGGACCUCUGCACCUCUUUCAAGUCUCUGGCAAAAAGCAUGCAGGGAAGAAGGGCCUCCCACUCGGAAGGGAAUAACUUUCUGGUACCAAACCAUGACAUAACCCCGCUGCACACCCCCACCCUCCUGCCAAUAUCCCCCCACCCUGGGCCCAUGGUCCCACUGCCACACGACACAGAGCGUCCUGCUCCACACGUGCUGCCAGCUGAUUGGUUCAGCAACCCGGGGUCUCUUAAAGAGAGCUUCCGCAUCGCCAGCGGUCUAGACUGGGCUAACAUCGACCUCACCAGUCACCCAGACCUGCUGGAGAGCAUGCGCCAAGCCGAGCUCUGUGAUUGGGCACUGGACCCGGGGCUCUUCACCUCGCUAUGUGAUUCGCUGAACCGCUUCUUCACUCAGAAGGGAAUGAUUGGCUCCUCUUCUGGAAAUAACUCCCCAUUGGCCCUCGGCGUCCACCCUUCCAUACAAGGGCCACACUUCAGUAUGAAUCCCCCUCCUACCCUGGCUAGCCUCACCCAGCCAUCGCCCCUUCAGUACCCACCCCUGGCUCUUCCCUUCAACGGAGCCCAGCUGCCCAGAAGAACCCUGCACCACCAGGCACAGGGUCUCCAGAGGCCUCAGUUCACCCAGCCUGCUAGCACUGCCGGCAUCCAACCUCAACCUAGACAACGUCCACCCUUGAAGCAUCUCCAUAGCAACAGUGAGGAGAUCCAGGAUGACUUCGACUGGGACUCCCUGGUGUGAUCAUCUCCGUCUGAGAACGCUUACCACUGGAAAGAUCAAGAUCCUGGAAAGCAAUCAGAUAGACACCGACUGUUACCCCAUAUGUCAUGCAGAAGCUGCCACUCUAAUGUUGUAAUGUUUUACAGCUACUCUAUUAUGUAUGACUGAAGGCUUUUUGUUUGAUGAUACCACAAAAAAUGCUGGGAUGUUUGGGUUUCCAGAUCACUUAUAGGCUUUUCUGCCAGAAUUUUGGCAGGACAGAAUCUGAUUUCUUGUGCAGUUUCUUUGUGGUCGAGGGAGGUUCAUAAAGGCUUUUUCAGGCAACCAUGAGGUGAGUAUUUGUUAUUGUGUAUAAAUAAAUAAAUAAAUACGUAAAUACUGAGAAUUUCCAUCUUUUACCUGGUAAAAGAUCAAAAGGAAAUGAAACAAGCCAAACACACUUAUCUUUGUUGUUCUUUUCAUUUGACUUCAUGUUUGGCAUUUUAUUUUUGAAAUGUGAACGUUCACAGCUAAAACAUCACAAGAAUUUCUCCUUACCCAAUAAAAUAAUUUGUAUUUUUGUUGAAUAAAGUUAAGUUGAUUAAUAAACUAAAAGAAAGAGCACAUGUUUUAAUUAAAAAAAUACUCUGCCUCUGA